AUGACCACCACCACUGUGACCAAGCCCACCCUCACUUACUUCAACCUUUUCGGCCGGGCCGAGGUGCCGCGCCUCCUGCUCGAGGACGCGGGCGUCGACUACGACUUCGUGCCCGUCACCAACUGGCCCGAGCUCAAGUCCCAGCUGACCGCCUCCGGCAAGCUCGCCUUCGGCCAGACCCCGCUCUACGAGGAGCCCGACGGCCUCACGCUGGUCCAGUCAGCGGCCAUCGCCCGCCACCUUGCUCGCAAGUACGGCUACAACGGCAGCAACGCCCACGAGGAGGCCCUCAUCGACCAGGCCAAGGAGGGCGUGACCGACGUGUACACGGCCAUCGCCAAGGUCAUCUUCGGCACACCGGCCGACCAGCAGGCCGAGGCCAAGGCCAAGCUGGUCAAGGAGACCAUGCCUCCGCAGCUGGCUCACUUCGAGAAGCUGCUCCAGCGGAACGGAAGCAACGGGUAUCUGGUGGGCUCGAAGCUGAGCUACGCCGAUCUGAGUCUGUGGGUGGCGCUGCAGCUGGUGUUCGCCCGGGUCGAGGGCAGCAAGGACUCGCUGCUGGGGCCCUUCCCCGCGGUGCAGAAGCUGGUCGACGUGGUGGCGCAGCGCGAGCGGGUCAAGGCUUACCUGGCACGCGAUGUCUACAACAGCAACAAGAACUAG